UAUUUAUAGCUCAAGAAUUCUUUACUUAUUUUAUCUGCACUUCUAAUACUACUAGCAAUCACAUGGAGAAAGCCUGCUCUUUCUUUCUUGCACUACUACUAGUCUUGAAACUCCACUUCCCAGAGGCCACAAACAUAAACACAGAUCAAUCAGCUCUACUUGCCUUGAAAGCCAGCUUUACUCUAAACUCUUCUCAUCCCUUAGCUCAAAAUUGGUCUUCUCAAGCUUUUGUUUGUGAUUGGAUUGGAGUCACUUGCGGCUCUCGUCACCUCAGGGUGACUGCAGUAAAUAUAUCCAACAUGGACAUUCGUGGAACCAUUCCACCACAGCUGGGAAACCUCUCUUUUCUCAUUUCUCUAGAUGUAAGCAAUAAUAGCUUACAAGGAGACCUCCCCCAAGAAUUAUCCAAUUUACAUCGAUUGAAGCUGAUGGAUGUCGGAUAUAAUAAUUUCAGAACUGGAGAGAUUCCAACGUGGUUUGGUGUUUUUUUUGAGCUUCAGAUGUUGAUUCUUGAUAACAACAGUUUCACUAUUAUACCGCCUGCCUCUAUUUCUAACCUAUCCAAGUUAGAAAUUCUCAGUGUUAGCUACAAUCGCCUUCAAGGCAGCAUCCCUGAGGAGAUUGGCAACCUUCGGAGUCUAAAGGAGUUGAAUUUAGUCAAAAACCAACUUACUGGCUCCAUUCCAUUCUCCAUUUUCAAUAUCUCCACAUUAGAGACCUUACUAUUAACAGACAAUAAAUUAUCAGGGAGUCUUCCUGUAGAUAUGUGCCACAGUCUUCCAAAAUUUAAAAAGAUAGUCGUAAUUUCAAACAAGUUAAGUGGUCCCAUUCCAGCUGGUUUGUCUAACUGCACUGAAUUGUAUGAAUUGUCGUUGUCGUACAAUAGCUUCAGCGGGACCAUUCCACCAGAAAUUGUAAACAUGGAGCGGCUUGAGUUCUUAAACCUCGGGGGAAACAACUUGCGAGGCACAAUUCCUGUUAAGAUUGGUAAUUUGCGCAGCUUGCAGCAAUUACAAUUGGAGAACAACCAAAUCGUGGGUUCAAUGCCGCACACCAUAUUCAUGAACAUGUCAUCAUUACGGUUACUUAAUUUCAACACCAACAAUCUAACCGGUGUUAUACCCAGAGAGAUUGGGAAACUUGAGAAAUUGGAGAUACUUUAUUUGCAAUAUAACAAAUUAAGUGGCUCCAUUCCCAACUCAUUGGGGGAUUUGAGACAUCUUGAAGAGUUAACUUUGUCCCACAAUACUUUAACAGGUGCUAUACCCAGAGAGCUCUUCAAUAUCUCUACUCUAGUAACCAUGUUACUUGACCACAAUAACCUUUCGGGUAGUCUUCCAUCUGCUCCAGGCUACUGGAAAACAAAUCUAGAGCGUUUGGAUCUUACUCAAAACAACAUAGGUGGAGUCAUACCCAUCUCAAUUUCCAAUUCCUCAAAUCUAAAGGAAUUAUAUCUUAGUGUAAACAAAUUCAGUGGCCAAAUUCCUAACUCUUUGGGGGAUUUGAGACAGCUUGAACGCUUGUAUUUGUACACCAACAACUUAUCGUCUCCCCAACUAAGUAUCUUAACUUCAUUGGCGAACUGCAGAUCUAUGAUAGAUAUAGAAUUCACGGAUAAUCCUCUGAAUGGUGUUCUUCCAGGAUCCAUAGGCAAUCUCUCCAGCACCAUUGAAAUAUUUUAUUUUGCUCUUUCACAAAUUACGGGUCAGAUACCAUUAGGAAUAGGGAAUUUAAGUAACUUAAACACUUUGUCCCUAUUCGGGAAUGACUUAACUGGAUCAGUGCCAAGAACAUUAUGUGAUUUACAGAUACUUCAAGGGUUAAGUCUUGACCAAAAUAGGUUAAGUGGACCCUUGCCAGAGUGCCUUUGCAAAUUGCCGGAGUUGGGUGUGGUUUCUUUGACGUAUAAUCAAUUUUCAGGUCCAAUACCAUCUUGCAUUGGCGAUGUUACCUCUUUGAGAAAUCUUUAUCUAAAGUCAAAUAGGUUCACCAACAUACCCUUGAGUCUAUGGAGCCUCAAAGAUCUUUUGGAGCUUGACUUGUCAAAUAACACUUUGGUUGGUUCUUUACCUCCUGAUUUUGGAAAUUUGAAUGCGAUAACUUCCAUAGAUCUUUCGAGGAAUCAUCUUUCAGGAAGUAUUCCCUCCACAGUUGGAGACUUGCAGCAACUACUUUUUCUUUCUUUGGCAUAUAACGAGUUACAAGGAUCUAUUCCGGAGUCACUCGGGAACAUGAUAAGUUUGGAAUCGGUAAAUCUAUCCAAUAACAUUCUAUCAGGCGUGAUUCCAAAAUCAUUAGAGAAACUUAAGUAUCUGAAGAAUUUCAAUGUAUCAUUCAAUAGAUUAGAAGGUGAAAUUCCAUUUAAAGGACCUUUUCUUAAUUUCACCUCUCGAUCUUUUAUGGGAAAUGAAGAGUUAUGCAGCGAUUUGCUUCUCCAUCCUUGUAUGACUACGUCUUCUCAUCAUUCAAGGAGAAGCAAAUUGCUUCUGAUUAUGCUUGUCCCAUUUGGAGCUUCAGUAAUGGUACUUGGCACAAUCGUUGUGUUUAUGCUAAGGAGCCGCGGGAAUAAAAAUGUUCCAACUCAAGCCGAAUCCUUUCCUGCAAUAACACUAGCCAGGAUUUCAUACAUUGAAAUUGAAAGGGCAACUCAAGGGUUUGACCAAUGCAACUUAAUUGGCUCUGGAAGUUUUGGCUCUGUUUACAAGGGCGUGUUUGCAAGUGGGAUGACUUUGGCAAUCAAGGUGUUCAAUAUACAGGUUGAAGGUGUGUUAAAGAGUUUUGAGGCUGAAUGUGAAGCUUUACGCAACCUUCGCCAUAGAAAUCUUACCAAAGUUAUCAGCAGUUGUUCUAACUUGGAUUUUAAAGCAUUACUUCUAGAGUACAUGCCCAAUGGAAGCCUGGAGAAAUGGUUACAUUCUGAUGAGUACUUCUUGAAUAUGAUCCAAAGAUUAGACAUAAUGAUCGAUGUUGCAUUAGCUUUGGAAUAUCUCCAUCAUGGUUAUGCAACAGUUGUUGUACAUAGUGACUUGAAGCCUAGUAAUGUCCUGCUAGACGAGAAGUUGGUUGGACAUGUGAGUGACUUUGGCCUGACCAAGUUAAUAGGAGAAGGGGAAUCAAUUGCUCAUACAAAAACUCUUGCUACGAUGGGAUACAUUGCACCAGAGUAUGGAUCAGUAGGAUUAGUUUCUAGAAGAUGUGAUGUGCACAGCUACGGUAUUGUGCUCAUGGAAACUUUCACAAGGAAAAAGCCAUAUGAUGAUAUGUUUCAAGAAGAUUUGAACAUGAGGAGUUGGGUCUGCAAUUCACUACCCGUCGCACCAGAUGAUAUUAUUGAUGACACCUUAUUGGAACAUAACGAUAUUGAUUUUGAGAAAAAGUUGUGUUGUGUGUCCUCUAUUUUGGAGUUGGCAUUGAAUUGCACAGCUGAAUCUCCUAAUGAGAGGCCGAACAUGAAAGAUGUCCUGGCAAAUAUCAAGAAGAUCAAGCUGGAAUUUCUUCGCAGAUGAUAUAACAAGGUUUAUGCGACUGUAUAUAGCACCGCCCUUUCCAACUGGGUGAUAUCAAUUGAGAUGAGAACCAACAUUUGGUCUGAGAUUUGAACUUCUCUUUGUUUGAGUGUGUCUCUCAAGUGUAUUAUACUAAAAUUGUUAUGGAAGAAUGCCUUGUACAUUAUUAAACAUUGUUAUUAUUGUUCAGAUAUAUCAACUUCACAAGUUCAUCAAGAGCAGUGAAUAAAAAUGUUGACCUACAAGCUAGGAACAUGCUGUAGAUUGAAAGCACAAAAACAAUCAGUAUUACUUCUGAGAUAGGUAGUACACCCUACAAUUCUACGACGCCACGGGCUAUAUGGAGUCCGCCCUUAACUCGGCGGCCAAGCCCCCAACCCAAGUUUGCUGUAAAAGUUGGAGUGUUUGAUUCUGAUAUGCCACAGGGCACUGGGCCAGCAUAUAAUCCCUCUUGGGGACAUAAUGACCCGUAUCGGCAAAAUACGAUUUCGGGCAAUGAGUUAUCUGAACUCGUGCCCUUUUCGGGUAACCACCUAACAUCUCUUAAGCCCAUUUUUACCCUUUUCUGAACAUGUAUAUUUAAGAACCCAAAUUCUAAAAAUUUGAAUGAAAUCUGAUUUCUAUUUUUA